CUUUUUCUUUUUUUUUUUGCAUGUUGAAGAAAAUCUUACACUUGACAAGAAGGCUAAACAGAAUUGAGGCUAAAGAGGCACCUUCAGUUAUAGCAAGAUUAUCUCAUGAAAAGCAAACAAUUGGGUUCCUCAAAUUAAGGUUGUCACCACCUUCUCAAAUCCGAAGCUUAAAAGAUGUUGGCAGUAUUUUCAUGAGUCAUGAAUUUGCUCGAGUACUCCUUGUUUUUAUCUGGCUUGUAAUCUGCGGCUUAAUAGAGACUUUUAUGGCACAAUUAAGUGACAUGCGUUACUAUGCUUUACCUGAAAUGAGCAAGCAUCCUUUGCGUGACCUUUUGCACGAUGCAUUCCCUAGAGUAGCAGAUACUCAGAUUGUAAAUUAUUUGCUUACGAUGACUUUACUCUACACACUGGUCGGAUUUGCUGUGCAAUCGCCUGAUUGGAGUACACGUUUUAUGAUCCUGCGUCGAUUUGGUUUUAUCAUGGGCUUUAUUUAUGUUUUUCGAGGUAUUACCUUGCUCGUUACUACUUUACCUUCCUCAUUAAUUGACGAAUGUCGCCCACCGGAAAUCGAAUUGACUGGCACUGUUGCACAACGUUUUGGCUUUUUAUUUAGUGUCAUUGGUGGAUCUGCCUUAACCUGUACCGACAACAUUUUCUCAGGUCACACCUCCAUGAUGAUGUCUUGUUGUAUGGUCUGGCGUGUUCACUCUAAACUUCGUAGACCUUUUGCUUGGAUUCUUUACUUAAUUGCUACUGCUGGUAUUUUGAUGAUUUUAUUCACUCGUUUUCAUUAUUCGAUUGACGUUGUGCUUGCUAUUUAUAUUACUUAUACAGCCUGGAAUAUUUAUUUGCGCUAUAUCCAAGAGGCCUCGGUUAAGUAUAUGUUUGGUUUCACAAAUCACUCUACACUUGAGGUAUUCCAAUCUCACCUCACAUCGGAUGCAGCACUCACAUACGAGUAUUUGAAUUGGCAGCCUCAUCCUUUAGGCAAGCAUUGGCUUAUGUGGUUCUUUAUGUACAUUGAUGGUCUAGAUAUUCGUCUUAGAGCAAUUGGUGUCUUUGAUGAAUAUGGUGCCUGGAAAAAGGAAUACCAUAAGCCUAGUAUGGUAGAAAAGAAGUCGUGUGCUAUUGUUUAAACUUGUACUAGUAAUGCAUAUACUGUUCAUAAUAAUACUAUUAAUAAUAAUAAUACUAAUGCUAAUAAUAAUGCUAAUAAUAAUAAUAAUAAUAAUAAUAAUAAUAAUAAUAAUAACAAUUUAUAAUUUUAUGAUCUAUUUAGUCUGUUUCUUUCUCAAAUGCAUCCCAGUCAA